AUGCCAAUUCCAUUAGCUAGAACAAGACGCUUAAAACCCAAAUUACGCACUUCCAGAGCGUCUUCCCGAUCAAAUGGGAGUAAGAAGCCUUCACGACAAAUCCCAAAUUCCAAAACAGUAUCAUUCGUUAAUCCUUUUGACAAUACCUCCAAUCCUCCCAGCUUUGUCAGUCCCACGCCCAAAACCGAAUAUAUAUCCCCUACCACCACACCUCCGUCAUCACCUCCUGUCCUUCCUUCAGGAGUAGGAAAGUUACAGGUGAACAUACCGCCAAAAGCGGAUUAUUUGUCACCGUCAACCAGAAUUUCAAUAUCAUGUGCUUCCUCGGACCAGACUCAUAAGAGCCUGAGUGAUGUAUAUGUACCCCUAGUCAUACCGAAACCUCGAAGAUUAUCUAAAGAGGAACUCUCUUCACCGUUGCUCACAGGCAGGUAUGUAUUGAGUACCAUCAAGACUCAGGACGGUAUGAGUAUAGUAAGGAGAUCAUUUGAUGUUGGAAGGUCGACUAGCGUGGAUAAAGGGCAUGAAAUGAGUGAGAAGGUUAGACUUGACAUUAGGAUGGUGGAAGGAAAGUAA